UCAUACUUACAUUCGAACUGCUUGAUGAUGGGGAAAUGCUGCCUAACUGCAUGACAGAUUCGAUUGCGUGCGUAUGAUACACACUCUAUGAAUCGCUACUUUUCAGAAGACACUCACAUUGACAGCAUUGAUGCUGAAGUGAGCAGUUUUUCGUUGAAAACCUUUAUUUGCCAUGGGAAAGUUUUCUGUUUUGCAUCUAUGCCUACUUCAGUGUUUUAUUCAUUUGAUCACUGGACAGCCAUCGAUGCCAGGGCUAGUGGGACCAUGGAAGCACAGGAUUGAAUGGGAGAAUAAUGGUCAGGUAUAUAGCUUACUGAGCACCGGUUCCGAAUACCACGCGCCGAUACAGCGAAGAAGGGACUCUCAAAUUUACCUGAGCACCAAAAGAGAAUUUAAUAGACACUCUCUAUCUGGAUUGACAAGUAGACCCUCCAGAAUUAGAGAAACAACUUUAGAAAUAGAAACCAGAGAACCUGAUAGAAACCAUGGUUCUGUUACAGUGCAACAAAGUGCAUUUAACCCAGAGGCCAGGGAACUGAGGUCUGAAGCUGGGCGCUACUUGCUUCCCACCGGUCGCGCUUCGGGCGCGAGGAGUCAACCGCGUGAUUCAUCACCUAGAGGAUGGACUGCAGAUCCCCCUGGCGCACGACGCACGUCCUCACGGGCGCACUCCAGAAAAAAUGCUACAGCUCCAGGGAUAAUUUCCGAGCUCUCGGGCAGCGGAGUCCCAAGAGGAGGAGGAGGAAAUCGGACAAGGCAUCACAGCACCGCAGCAGUCCCAAGAGGAAUUUACGCGUUACCGUCAAGAACCACUGAGUUCACACAGGGUCGCGAUGGUAGUCAUAUGCAGCCGGGCAGCCAUGCGUAUAGGCACGGGGGAUCUAGAACGGCGGAAAAUAACAAUUCUGAAGAUGAGAUCGCAAGAGAAAGUGCUGAGCCUCGAAGUUAUGUGGACGAUUCUGAACAUAACAAUGUCAAUGUCAAUAACUAUGUCAAUAACAAUACCAAUGUUGCUGGAAGAAAUGACAUUUCUUCUGAGGAAACAGCAGAUCCCGAAGACAUGGCUGGGGAUGAUCCACGGAAUCCCUUCAAAAACCACAGGAACACCGUUUUCUACAACAUCUACCGACCUAGCGGCAGACAAAGGACUCCUGCACGCCGUCCAUCUGGCUCUGGUUACGGCACGAGGUAUUUUCAGAAUGGACUCCCAGAUCUUGUCCCGGACCCUUACUACAUUCAAGCAGCUACUUAUAUCCAGCGCUUGCAGAUGUAUGCUUUAAGGUGUGCGGCUGAGGAGAACUGUCUAGCCAGGUCAGCAUACAAGCCAAGUGUCCGAGACAUUAACUACAGGGUGCUUCUUCGGUUCCCCCAGAGGGUAAAGAAUCAAGGCACGGCAGACUUCCUCCCAGUGAGGCCAAGGCACCAGUGGGAAUGGCAUAGCUGUCAUCAGCACUACCAUAGCAUGGAGGCAUUCAGCAACUAUGACCUCCUUGAUGUCUCCACUGGGCGAAAGGUGGCUGAGGGACACAAAGCCAGCUUCUGUCUGGAGGAUACCAGCUGUGACCCAGGCUUCCGUCGACGCUAUGCCUGCACAGCGCACACACAGGGAUUGGGUCCUGGUUGCUAUGACACCUACAAUGCCAAUAUUGACUGUCAGUGGAUCGACAUCACGGAUGUGCCGCCAGGCAAUUACAUCCUCAAGGUGACAGUGAACCCUAAUUUCCAAGUACAGGAAUCAGAUUUUUCCAACAAUGUGGUGAGGUGUGACAUCAGAUACACUGGAUCUCACGUCCAAGCACGCAACUGUAGGAUAACUAGCAAUUAAUCAAAACAGUCUGCUAACAAGGUCUUCUGAAGUAGGUCUUCAUACAAACUUUUUGGUGCCACAUGCUUCAC